AUAAACAAAAGAUAUAUAUGCCCAAUCCAAUCUAUCAUCCGUGUCUUUACCUCCCUGCGAUUCGCAGUGCAGUCAACCCCACAGUAUAUUAGAUGGAAAAGAUUCAUCAUGAGACGUCAUCCAAAGUUUCACCACAAGUUGGAGAAGAUUUUAUUAGCAGCAUGCCAGAGGAUGUAAUCGCUAAUAUUAUUGAUCGUUUGCCGUUACAAGACGCGAAUACAAGGAUUUAAGGAACUCAGUUUGAUGAAUUGGCGUGCAACACCGGUUAAGCUGCCUACCCAUCUUUUCUCUUGUCUAGAGCUGAAACAGUUGUGCCUUCAUAACUGUGUUUUGCCUCCUUUGCCUUAUUUUCGUGGUUUUCCAAAGCUAUUGAGCUUAACAUUGAUUAAUGUAAGAUUUCAAGACCACAAAUGUGGAGAAUUAAUCGCUCAAUCCCCCUUACUUGAGACUCUGGAAAUUUUGAAUAGCGAACUUAAAAGGGAUGUGAAAUUGGUUGAAAUUGCAAAACUCGAAAAUGUCAAGAUGUUAAGUUUGUCAUUGUGUUUGCUUGACAAAAUGACCAUACCGAGUGUCUUCCAGCAUGUGUCUCUUCUUCCAAAACUUCAGGAGCUUUAUUUAAGUUUUCGAAACAGCAAGUUCUUGCCAAAUGAUGUUGCUAAAAAUCCGGUCUUCACCACCUAUCCCUUCCUCAAGGCUCUUGAUUUAAUGAAACUGUAUAUUGGUAAUAAUUCCAUGUCAUCGAGAGAUUUUGGGGUUCUUUUUGACCGUGUAAAUUUGCAGACCUUUAAAAUCAAGGCUAUAUACAAGGAGGCUGGCAGAGAGCCUGACACUGUAGUAGACUGCGACCUGAUUGAGGAGAUGGAGCUUCAGAGUAAGUUGUUAACAAAUAUCAAGGGCAAUAUUGAGAAUGAAGAAUGCUUCGUCAAGUCUAUACUUGAACGUUCACCCUUCCUAAACACAAUAACUAUGGAUCCUCAUUCUUUCCGGUUUUUCAAUGCCGGUGAUGUAAAGAUUUGGUUUGCUAACAAGCUGUUUAGGUUCCCUCGGGCUUCCCCUGCAGCUGUGAUAGCCCUCCGCCCGCUCAAGUAAUUUCAACUUCUCGUGUAUCUUGUUAUUGUUGGUUUGACAAUCAAAACAUUUGUUCAAAUUACUUAUUGUAUUGUCGUGUGCUCCAGUAUUCUUUUUUUAUAUAGACAUUUUUCCUCAGGCAAAA